CGUUGACAGACAAACGUUUAUAAGUUUGCAGCCGGUUUUUUUUUUAUACGAAAUAGUAGUAAAAAUAGCAUAAUUUUUUGUACUUUCAUAAUUUUCAGUAAUUUCGUAUUUACCUUUAGUGUGAGAAAUAAGUGAUUUGAUAAAUAUUUGCAAUAAAAAUCACCCAGAAGAAAAAUGGUGGUCCGACAAUAUAACGAUGAGCUGAAGUACUUGGAGAAAAUCAACGAUCAUUGUUGGAGAAUUAAGAAGGGCUUCCAGCCAAACAUGAAGGUGGAAGGUGUAUUUUACGUCAACAAAACGUUAGAGAAGUUGAUGCUCGAUGAAUUGCGGAAUUCAUGUAGACCAGGAGCUAUUGGUGGAUUUUUACCUGGUGUAAAGCAAAUUGCAAAUGUUGCUGCUUUGCCAGGUAUCGUGGGAAGGUCCGUGGGACUUCCUGACGUUCAUUCUGGAUAUGGAUUUGCCAUUGGAAACAUGGCCGCUUUCGAUAUGAAUGAUCCAAAAUCUGUAGUAUCGCCAGGGGGCGUAGGUUUCGAUAUCAACUGUGGUGUUCGUCUUCUGCGGACAAAUUUGUUCGAAAAAGAUGUGCUGCCAGUGAAGGAGCAAUUGGCACAAAGUAUGUUUGACCACAUCCCAGUCGGCGUUGGCUCCAAGGGAAUUAUCCCAAUGAAUGCUCGUGAUCUGGAGGAAGCGCUAGAAAUGGGCAUGGACUGGUCUUUGCGAGAAGGGUAUAUUUGGGCCGAGGAUAAAGAACAUUGUGAAGAGUAUGGCCGAAUGCUUAAUGCAGAUCCGUCGAAAGUUUCGAUGCGAGCAAAGAAACGUGGACUUCCUCAAGUACAUGCGCUCGUUCAAAUGGAAAAAGCCAUGAAGCGAGACAACAUUGAAGUGAAUGAUAGGCAACUCGCAUGUGCUCAUAUCCACUCUCAGGAAGGCCAAGAUUACCUGAAGUCGAUGGCCGCUGCUGCUAAUUUUGCCUGGGUUAAUCGGAGUUCUAUGACUUUCCUUUGUCGACAGGCAUUCGCAAAACAAUUUCACAGUUCUCCAGAUGAUUUGGAUAUGCACGUAAUUUACGAUGUUUCUCAUAACAUUGCCAAAGUCGAGGAACAUAUUGUAGAUGGCAAACAGAAAACGCUUCUUGUUCAUCGAAAGGGAUCAACACGAGCCUUUCCUCCCCAUCAUCCACUUAUUCCAGUGGAUUAUCAAUUAACUGGACAACCGGUUUUGAUUGGCGGAACUAUGGGAACUUGCAGUUAUGUAUUGACGGGCACAGAAACAGGAAUGAAGGAGACCUUCGGUUCAACUUGUCAUGGAGCGGGAAGAGCACUCUCGAGAGCGAAGUCACGACGCAACAUUGAUUAUACGGAAGUUUUAUAUAAAUUGGAAGCACAAGGAAUUUCCAUUCGGGUAGCCUCUCCAAAGUUAGUUAUGGAGGAAUCUCCAGAAUCUUAUAAAAAUGUAACAGACGUUGUGGACACUUGUCACGCGGCUGGUAUUUCGAAAAAGUGUAUCAAGCUGAGACCCAUUGCGGUUAUUAAAGGCUAAUUUUUCAAACAUAA